AUGCAGGCCGGCAGGAACAGCAAGGAGAACACUGUGAGGGACAGGGAACCGUUCGUUCUGGGCAACACUUUGUUCAUGUACAAAAGCAGCGUCCGAUGGCGUCGAAUAGCGAUCAUCGCCGGCGUGUCGCUGGCCAUCUUACUGCUCAUCUUUAUAGUGGUGGUGGCGGUGCUGGCAACAAAAUCCAGGUAUUAUUCAGUACUUAACGUUAACAGAAAAUUUUCCGACUGCGUGGCUGGAGGAAUCAAAAUUAGCUGA